AGAGGUGACGACGGCGGUGGUGGAGGCGGCGGUGGGACGAGGGGAAGAGGAGUUUUGGGCCCGGCGGAGAAGUUUGAAGCCGUCAAAGUGGCUUCUUCACUGGGGCUCCAGGGGCCUUCUGCGCCGAUCGGGGCCCAAUUGUUGGCUACUGGCGGCGGUUCAGAGGAUGCGCCGGCCGCGACCGUUUACCACGCCAAUCUGGUAGCCGGUAGUAACACCUCCGUCGUGACAGCGGCCCUCCAACAGCCGGUAUUAGCGAGCCUUAACUCGGUGGCAUUGGCAAGUAUGCAGGCCUCCGCGGAGGCCAACUCGCUGGAUAUACAGGCCAUGCAAUCCAUGGACUGGCUCUUCAAGAAGGAGCGAAUAUAUCUUCUAGCCCAGUUCUGGCAACAGAGGGCAACGUUAGCAGAGAAGGAAGUGUCCGCGUUGAAGGAACAACUUGCAAACGCGAACGAUGGUAACAUUAAGACUGAGGGACAUCAAUUGUCCCAGAAUUCGCAGGGAAGCGAUCAGCAGCAACACGAUGCUAGCAAUCCCAGGAGAACUCCGAAUAGCAAUCUCGAACAGGAAUUGCAGGCCAAGGACAAAGAGAUCGGUCAACUGUUGGACGAGGUGUCAAGGUUACAACAAAAUUUGCAACGUCUUCAAGAUAGUAACGCGCAAGCGACGGCGCGUUUCGAGGAAGAACUCGAAGCACGAAGACAACACAUCACAAGAUUGGAAAGCAAAUUGGAACGGCAGAGAGAUUACGAUGACCUGAAACGCGAGAUAAGCGUGUUAAGGUCGGUCGAUCUCUCACAGAUUCCAACCGGUGAACCUGGAAAAAGUCUUGAACACCUUUUAAUGGAACGUUCUAAGGCCCUUCAGCAAGCUGAGAGUUUAAAACCACCUAACACGCCUGACACGCUCGGUGGACUAUCGUCACCCCUGCAGCGCGCCUCGACCGCCUCGCCCCAUGGGGUCGGAGGUGGGCCACCUUCGUCCUUAGUAUCCUCCCAACAAGCCCCACCGCCACCUCCGACCUCGGUUUCCCUCCCGCCACGUUCCACGCCGACACCUUCCUCCGCAACAUCGACGACUUCCAGCCUCCUCUUCCCCCCGCCUCUCCAAAACGUCGAAACCUUCGGCUCCUUCCUUGGCGAGGAGAUCGUCGCCAACUGGAGGCGGACGUUGGAAAGCCUAAAUCAUCUUCCCUCGCCAACAGAAGCAUCGUCCAGUACAAACGUACCGAGUAAAUCCAGUACACCAUUGGGUACGACGUCGAUGGGAACGACGACGUUAACCACGACGAAUUUAGCCACGACAGGACUCGGUACAACAUCAUUGGGUACGUCGACAUUGGGCACGACGUUGGGUACGACGUUAGGUACGACGUUAGGUACGACGUUAGGUACGACGUUAGGUACAACGUUAGGUACAACGUUAGGUACAACGUUAGGUACAACGUUGGGGACGACACCGCUGAUCGGUUGUCUCGAUCCAAGCGAGAAGGCGUCGACGCCAGUUCCCGGUCACGAAACGCCGGCGCCGCAGACGCCAUCCUCGACGAGUGCCCUGACAUCGCCCCCGAGCUUUCAACCGCCCACGUCGAUGGUCGAGACGAGCACCUCCUCCGCCUCCGUCAACGGUGGAGGCGUUACCCCCAGUGCCGUGUCCACGGCGCCGCCACCUAAAAGCCCGGCGGAUCAGGAAUCCUGUCACAACAAUAAUAACAACAGUCAUCAUUUAGCUAACAACAAUAUCGGUGGCUUGAGCGUAUUGGACACCUUAAAAAGUCCCUUCCGUUUCGACGACAGAACCCAUCCGUUCAGAUUCGGUGAUGAGUUCGGUACGAUCGGUAUGGCCGGUAGACUCGGUGAAUCCCUCAUACCUAAAGGUGAUCCCAUGGAAGCGAGAUUGCAAGACAUGUUGCGUUACAAUAUGGACAAGUAUGCCUCACAAAACCUGGACACUCUACACAUAGCAAGAAGAGUACGAGAACUCUUAUCCAUACAUAAUAUCGGUCAAAGACUGUUCGCCAAAUAUGUUCUUGGAUUGAGUCAAGGUACCGUCAGCGAGUUACUCAGCAAACCCAAACCUUGGGAUAAACUCACCGAGAAGGGACGAGAUAGUUAUAGGAAGAUGCACGGUUGGGCUUGCGACGACAACGCCGUAAUGCUGCUCAAGUCCCUAAUACCCAAAAAAGGCAAGGAGCAGGGAAUGCCACCUUUCGCGCGUGGACCACAGGAAAGUGGUCCGCCGGAAAUGAGCGAUGAGAGGUUGGCCCAUAUCCUCUCGGAAUCUGGUCACCUACAGAUGAGAGGCGAACAUGAGGUCUCGAACGAUGCGGACAGUAAGAGUCCGAGCAGGAUUGGCUGUCCGAGUCCGUUUAGUAAGGACAGACUCGAGAGUCAAAAUAGGAGACUGAAGAAGUACGAAAACGAUGACAUUCCCCCGGAAAAGGUAGUCAGGAUUUAUCAUGAAGAGUUAACUAAACUCAUGGGAAGGAGAGUUGAGGAUCGACGUGGACCACUAGAUUUUCCUCCUAGCGGUACUCAAGGGCUCCAAGGUAUAGAAAGAACUCAGGAAGAUAUCCGAUUGGCGUUGGAUGCUUAUCAUCGGGAACUUCAAAAGUUGAAUGCUGGUUCUGGACAAAAUUCUGCACUUACCGGUUUGCCAGGAUUACCUGGAUUACCUGGUUUGUUAGCUCUGCAACAACAAGCUCUUCAACAACAUCACUUGGCGACUAACGGUGGUGGUGUACAAGAUUUGAGCUUAGGAAAAAUGGAUAUAAGGAAUAAAAUGAUUAACGGUGUGACUGAGGAAGAGAAAGAAAAAAUGGAAGAAGCCAUGAGACACGCUGGAAGUGCGUUUUCAUUGGUCAGGCCUAAACAGGAAACAACGGGAGCCCAAUCGACACCUGGCGGUUCCAGUGCGAGUUCACCGCUCGGUAAUUCUAUUCUACCUCCAGCAAUGACGCCCAGUGAAGAUUUUUCUGGCGCUGCUGCGGCCAGUCCGUUACAAAGGAUGGCCUCUAUAACUAACAGCCUAAUCAGCCAACCGUCCACUCCGACCCAUCAUGCUUCGAAUCAAAGACCACUCAAAGCAGUUCUUCCUCCAAUUACUCAACAACAAUUCGACAUGUACAAUAAUCUUAAUACCGAGGAUAUCGUCAAGAGGGUUAAGGAGCAAUUGUCGCAGUAUUCGAUCUCCCAACGUUUGUUUGGUGAAUCGGUUCUGGGUCUAUCUCAGGGUUCCGUAUCGGAUCUUCUAGCACGUCCCAAACCUUGGCAUAUGUUGACGCAAAAGGGACGGGAACCAUUCAUCAGAAUGAAAAUGUUCCUCGAGGACGACAACGCUGUUCACAAACUUGUAGCAAGUCAAUAUAAAAUCGCACCGGAGAAGCUGAUGAGGACCGGCGGCUACGGCGGCCUGCCUCCAUGCGGAACGCCUAUGAAACCCAUGCCGCCGACUAAGUUGGUUCAGGAACAAUUGCAGAAUGCGGCGAAAGCGCAAGCAGCAGCCCAGGCUGCUGCCCAAGCAGCGGCGCAACAUCAGCAGGAGAGUCAAAUGCAGUUGGGUCCACCUCAACAGAGUCCACAACUUCCGCAACAUCCUCAGCCACCUUUGCCGAUGAUGUUGACCCCACCAGGUCCACAUCAUCCGCAUGCCCAACUCAGUAUGCAAGAACUUCAGAAGAAACAACAGCAACAGCAACAACAACAAAUGACGUUGCAUUCUCCACAUCAUCAGAUGACACCGUCACCGUUACGAGGACCUCAUUUACACAUAUCUUCGAGCGUCUACGAGAUGGCAGCGUUAACCCAAGAUCUCGAUACGCAAACUAUCACGACUAAGAUCAAAGAAGCCUUAUUGGCUAACAACAUUGGUCAAAAAAUAUUCGGUGAAGUUGUUCUAGGUUUAUCGCAGGGCUCGGUUAGCGAAUUGUUAAGCAAACCAAAACCUUGGCAUAUGUUGAGUAUAAAAGGUCGCGAGCCAUUCAUCAGAAUGCAAAUGUGGUUGGCGGACGCACACAACGUUGACAGAUUGCAAGCUUUGAAGAACGAGCGAAGAGAGGCUAACAAAAGACGGCGUAGCAGUGGUCCAGGACACGACAACAGCUCGGAUACGUCCAGCAACGAUACCGCUGAAUUUUAUCACGCAGCAUCGCCUGGUCCGGGCCCGGCAUCCGCCAAGAAACAAAGAGUACUAUUUUCUGAAGAACAAAAGGAAGCACUUAGGCUCGCGUUCGCUAUGGAUCCGUAUCCGAACGUGAACACGAUCGAAUUUCUCGCGGGUGAAUUGACAUUGUCCUCGAGAACGAUAACUAAUUGGUUUCACAAUCAUCGAAUGAGAUUGAAACAACAAACGCCGCAUGGUCAACCAGAACCACAAUCACCAAGAGAACCUGGUCAACCAUUCGAUCGUGUUCAGUUUAGAUUACUGUUGAACCAACGAUUAGUAGAAAUCCAUAAAGAAAGGUUGGGUUUGGGUAACGUACCAAUACCAUAUUCACCUUACUUCAACCCUAACUUAGCAGCGUUGGUUGGCAACGCGUUAAAAGAACAAUGUUCCGGCCUAGAUCUCUCGAUGAGUGCGCUCAAGAGAGAACCUAAUCAAGAAUUCGAAGAUGAGGACGCCGAAGAUGCGAUGAGCAAUCUCGGUAGCGAAGAUUCUGAAGGUUCUGCGGGUAGCAUAAAAAGAGAACCAGCGGAAACACCAACAGCACCUACUACGGUUAGGUCAAACAGAAGAAAACCUGCGGCACCACAGUGGGUCAAUCCGGAAUGGCAGGAGCCUACGCGAACGGGAGACGAGGUCAUCAUUAAUGGGGUUUGCGUUAUGCAAACGGACGACUAUGGUGUUAAAAGAGAAACGGAAGAAACCAUUAGGGUUGAACCCACCCCGGUACAGGACAGAUACGAAGAGGACGUUCAAAGUGAUGUAUCGUCGGUAUCCGGUAACAAUGGUCCGGACAGGGACAGUCCAAUGCCCAGUCCAAAAUCUGGACAAAAUAGUCCUGUAACGUCACCUAGGUCACCCUCCCAAGUACAACAAACGGUACAACAACAAUCAACGGAUACGAGUCCCAAAGAAAUUGUUAAACACGAACCCGAAGAAACAUGGGACUAUUAAACCUAAAAUUAACCUUGAUAACAAGGUUAAUCUAAUCGAUCUCUUAUAUAUAUAUACAUAUAUAUAUAUACACAAGUCAAUGAUAAUUAUCGAAUAGGACUCUGUGUGUGAUGCGUUCGAUAAAAUCAUGACGAUGACUUAAAAAAAAAAAAAACAAUGGACGAUUCAAAUCCACGAUGAGUUUCGACCAAAAAUCCUUCAGAGUGUACUUUUCUCUAGUGGUGGUGGUAUACGAACGAAAUGAUCUAAAAAUUCGUGUGUUUCGCGUUAGUGAGAUAACAAUAAGAACCAUGGAUGAUGGAUUUUCGACAAAAAAAAAAAAGAAAGAAAGAAAAAAACAAACAAAAGAAAAAGAGAAGAAAAAAGAAAAAGAAAAACA